GCAAUCACAACUGAAAAAGCAGCGCAGCGAAGUAGAACGCUCCAACGGACAGUCGCGCGGGUCCGAGUAAUACCACCAUAUAAGAUCAAGUGCAGUGGCAAUUAAACGACGAGUCGUGAGAGUGCCAGUGAAAAUAAAUUCCCAUUGGGUUAAAGUUGAACACAAAAGCCCCAGAAGCUACAACAGUACGUGCAAUUUUCCGAGACAAACAAGUUGCUGCUGCUCAAAGAGCAGACUUGGGGAUUCACUGAGAACGACAUAAAGUCAUUUUAUCAGCUGCAAGGCUGUGGAGUAGUAGCAGCGGAGAAGCAAAUCUCUCGAAGCCAUGGAUAUCAGAAAAUAUUUAGGUUUAUUGGCGCUCGUCCUGGUGGCUGUUCUGGCGCUCAACGGUCGUCCAGCAGACGCCUGCUCCUGCAUGCCCUCGCACCCACAGACGCACUUCUGCAAGGCCGACUAUGUUGUGCAGCUGCGAGUGUUGCGCAAAUCGGACACCAUUGAUCCGGGCAGGACCACCUACAAGGUGCACAUCAAGCGCACAUACAAGGCCACUCCCGAAGCACGCCGCAUGCUGCGCGAUGGCCGCCUAGCCACGCCCAACAGUGACUCCAUGUGUGGCAUCAGGCUGGACCUGGGAAAGGUCUACAUCAUAGCGGGACGCAUGCCCACCCUGAACGUGUGCAGCUACUACAAGGAGUACACCAAGAUGACCAUCACCGAGCGUCACGGCUUCAGCGGCGGCUAUGGCAAAAGCUGCAACUGCACUGUAUCACCCUGCUUUGGCCAGCAGUGCCUACGCCAUCGAGAGUACUCCGAUGGCUGCAAGUGGUCGCCGUUCGGCAAGUGCGAGCGCGACUACAGCGCCUGCAUGCCCCAUGUGACGCACACGGUGAAUGGCAGCAUCUCCCGCUGCCGCUGGCGACGCACGCAACUCUACAGAAAGUGCCUCAGCAAUCCGUAGGCGGAUCCCCGCUCUCCCCUAAUCCUUGUUAUGCUACCGUUUCUCUCUGUCCAGAGCUUUAAUACGUACGUUAUGCCUAAUGUGUUAUUUAUUAAUUGAUGCUUUUGAAAUGUAACCGAGCUUCGAGCAGCUACUUAAUUAGUGUCUAGCUUUUAAUGUUUAUAUAUCGUGUACACUUACCAAAUCGCGUGGAUUCGGGAAGAAGGUCUGCUCGAUCAGUGGAAAGCCGUCUCGGCCCAGACGCCGCUGCAGCUGCAGCAGAUGCGAGAACACCCAGGGUUUGUCCUACAACCAAAACACGUACAUCAGCAUCCAUCACUCGAGGAGUGUCCUAUAUCGACUCUACGACUCACCUGGAACUGAUAGAUCGAAUGCAGCGAAUUGAUGCUGGGCACACCGCCGUACUUGAGGCCCAGAAUGGUGGAGCGGAAGUCGCUGGAACCGUCACGCGGCGGCUGGCGAAUCAACACAAAGUCCGGCCGGAAGGAACGCGCAACCUGUUUUUGGUGUGAUAUUCCAAAAAAAAGAAAUAACAAAAUGGAAUUUAAUUAUAUUUUAGUACGCUACAUGCAAAACGAUCGAAA